AUGAAUGGCAAUGUUUCUGCGAGUGUUUUGAAAUGUAGGCCUAGUGUUAUUAAAUGGGUUGGCAAAAAUUUUACUGCAGCUAUAAGUUCGAAGACAGACGGUCGUGAUCUUUCUACAGUGGGGACUAUUCAAGCAUAUACAAUGUCGGCGCAAGAACACAAGCAAAGCAAAGGUUCUGAUGAAUCAUCUGAAGAUCAACAAGCCAUAAAUAAGGGAUCUUUGUUUCGUAAGUCGAACAAUGCAGAAAGAAAGUAUGGCUGUCUGAUAUGCAAGAAAAGUUUUAAAUGGCGUUCACAUUGGAAAUCUCACCAAAGAAUACAUACUGGAGAACGACCUUUUCAUUGUGAGAUUUGUGGGAAAACUUUCACCAGGUCUGAUGGUUUACAAUGUCAUAAAAAGGUCCACUUUAAAAUCGCUAAACCUUGCUCUACUGCGACUCAACCAUACUAUGUUCUUGGAAACAAUAUUGUUCAAGAUGCAACUGAUCUAAAACAAGACAAUGUACUCGUAUGUGCUUACUGUGGAAGAACGUUUGGUAGUCUUGCUGGAUAUUACAGACACACUGAUAACAAACAUAAAGGUUUGAAAUAUAUACAUAAGUUUCAUUAUUUCCAAAUAUAACAGCCUCAGUAACAAUUAGUUAAUUGGGCCCAAUGUUCCCAAAUAGAAGAAUAAUAUAGUGAUCUUCUACUCUACAUAAAGCUGUUGGUUGCAUAGGCCCUCGCCAGUUUGAAACAUAUAGCGAGAAAAUUCCAACGUCCUUUCUCUAAAAAUUGAUGAUUGGAGUAUAUAUGUUUGUAAUUUUAUACUAGUGGCAAGAUAUGGUCGCCAUUGCCAUCAUGACCACGAAUGGUUUAGCAAAUUUUAUUCCGUAGUUGCAUUGGCUAGGCAACUUUUAUUCCAUAAUUUGUACAUAGUAUAAGGAACUGUUUAUUAUUUCUUUCUUGGGGUUGGUACCGUACAGAAACCGAUAUAAACAUUGUGUAACAAACAUUGUUAUUUAUCCAACCUCCAGUGCCCGACCAUCGUUUUUCCUAUCUUUUUUCCCCUAAUCUUGUAACUCUGUAUUCGAAUAUCGAAAGAAGAAUAUUAGCGUUUGCUCAUGUACAAUUGAACAAUAUACAGCAAUAAUAGUAACAUAAAAAAGAAAACUAUUUAAGGUCAACUUAGUUUUUAAAGACAUUUGCAUGUAGAACUACUUUAUUUCCGCAGCACUACGAGUCUACGCGGAUAAAGGCCCACACUGAUCGGACGCGAUUCGUCAUCGCGACGCGAAUUUUCAAUGACAUUUAACUUUACUAUUUUUCUGUUUUUCAAAUAUUCGGAACCACUUAAGUAAUUUUAGCUAUUUGGUCUGCAUAUCUUGUAAAAUUUUUAUCCGUUGACGGUUUUAUGUACUAUUUAAAAAACGAGCAGGAGUGUUGUAUUAGGUUUAGAGCCGCGCAGCGCGAGUGGCUUUAGACCUAAUAAAACACGACCUGCGAGUUUUUAAAUGGCUUCAAAAACGUUUGCAUAAUAAGUCAAAUCAUUAUAUAAAGAUCUUUAUAUAAAAAUCUUUAUAUAAAAAUCUUUAUAUAAAAAUCUUUAUAUAGUUUGCAUAACAAUGGUCUUUUGUUAAAGUGUUCUUUAGCUGGUAUAAAGACAUAUGCACGUGACUAAGUUCUUACUCAAGAUUGGAUAAUUGCUUCAUGAAUUAUUAAUGAGUUUUUGAAUUGAUUUUAAAAACUGAAAAUCCGCGUCGCGUUCUCGAAUCGCGUUCGGUCUGUAUGGGCCUUCAAGCUGUAGUUAAUGAUGUAAACUUUGCGCCCAUGCAUAAGUAGUCAACCUGUACCACUCUGGGCACUCUAAUGGAAUGCUAUUUAAUUUCUUUCAGAUAACGAAGACUUACAAUGUCGUAUUUGCAACAUCAUCUUCAACAGACCAAGUGCAUUAGAAAUUCAUAAUCGUGUACAUACCGGAUUGAAACCAUAUCGUUGUGACAUUUGUUCCAAAACAUUUUCAUUACGAGGAAAUCUUAAACGACAUUUAUUUAUACAUAGUGGAGAAAGACCUUACAAUUGUACAUAUUGUUCAAGCUGCUUUAAUAAUUCCAGUCAUUUAGCGAGACAUGUUAAAUCUAAACAUAAUGAGCAAGUCGUGAAUCAGUUGAGGAAUGACAGCAUUGGAAUUUAA